UCCCAGAGCUGGGGCUGGAGGCCCGCGGUGCCGGGGAGUCUCGCCCCAGCCGGGAAGAAAGCUGCUUCCACUGGGACGAUGCCCCCUUCUGCUGGAAAGCGGUAAUGCCCACGGCCGCCACCAGGUAGAACCUACAAGACAGCAACCUGGACACCUCUUGACAUGGAAAUACAGUGAUAUAAUAGACAAGAAGAAACACUGGAUAGCAUCUUCCAGAUUCCAGGUGGCCUUAUUUGGGCGAAUCGCUCCUGACCUUAUUCCUGUGAUGGAGGAUUCAGGAAUCCAUCGAGGCAUCUGGGAGGGAGAUGCCAAAGCUGUCCAACAAUGUCUGACAGAUAUUUUUACCAGUGUCUACACAACCUGCGACAUCCCAGAGAAUGCUAUAUUCGGUCCUUGUGUCCUGAGCCACACUUCCCUGUAUGACAGCAUAGCUUUCGUUGCUCUCAAGUCCACGGACAAGAGGACAGUACCUUACAUCUUCCGAGUAGACACAUCAGCGGCAAAUGGUUCCACAGAAGGUCUCAUGUGGCUGCGGCUGGUCCAAUCAGCCAGAGAUAAGGAAGAGCAGAACCUAGAAGCCUAUAUCAAAAAUGGACAGUUGUUCUACCGCUCUCUCCGCAGGAUUGCCAAAGAUGAGGAAUUGCUAGUUUGGUACGGGAAAGAACUGACUGAGUUACUCUUGCUGUGCCCCUCUAGAUCCCACAACAAGAUGAAUGGGUCGUCCCCUUACACAUGCCUGGAAUGCAGCCAGCGUUUCCAGUUUGAGUUCCCUUAUGUAGCGCAUGUGCGUUUCCGCUGCCCCAAGAGACUUCACAGCGCUGACCUGAGUCCCCACGACGAGCGAGGCGGCGGCGCGGGCACCAAGGACCACGGGGGAGGCGGCGGCGGCAAGGAGCAGCAGUCGCCGCAGCAGGAGGCGCCCUUGGGACCCGGCCCCAAGUUCUGCAAAGCUGGCCCGAUCCACCACUACCCUGCUCCGUCCCCCGACGGCAGCAACCCGCCGGCCGCCGCGGGUGCAGGCAGCGCGAAGCCGUCCACGGACUUUCACAACCUGGCCCGGGAACUGGAAAACUCCCGGGGCGGCAGCAGCUGCUCGGCUGCCCCGAGUCUCGGCGGCGGCGGCGGCACCGGCCAGCAGGAGGCGGAGCUGAGUCCCGACGGCGUGGCCGCGGGCGGCUGCAAGGGGAAGAGGAAAUUCCCCGAGGAGGCCGCGGAGGGCGGCGGCGGCGGCGGCGGCGGUGCGGGACUGGCGGGAGGCCGGGCCCGCUUCUCCGAGCGACAGCUCCCGGUCUCCAAGGAGGACCUGGUGUGCACGCCGCAGCAGUACCGCGGCGCGGGCAGCUUCUUCGGCCUGGAGGAGAACGGACGGCUCUUCGCGCCGCCCAGCCCGGAGACCGGCGAGGCAAAGCGUAGCGCCUUCGUGGAGGUGAAGAAGACGGGCCGCGCGGCCGGCCUGCAGGAGGAGGCGCCCGGGGACGGCGGGGGCGCCGCGCCCGAAGACCAGGACGCGGGAGGCGGAGGAGGCAGCGGAGGCCCGUCCACCCCAGCGGCGGCGGCGGCCGCGGCGGCAUCGCCGGUGGGCGCCGACAAGCUGCUGGCCCCCCGGCCCGGGGGCGGCGCGAUGCCCGGCCGGCUGGAGGACGGCAGUCCGGCGCGGGGCAGCGCCUUCACGUCGGUGCCGCAGCUGGGCGGCGCGGGGGGCGGCGGCGCGGCGGGGGGCGCGGCGGCCGGGGGCGCGGGCCCCGGAGCGCCGGCGGACGAGCGCAAGAGCGCCUUCUCGCAGCCCGCGCGCUCCUUCGCGCAGCUGCCGCCGCUCGUGCUGGGCCAGAAGCUGGGGGCACUCGAGCCUUGCCACCCGGGCGACGGCGUGGGCCCCGCCAGACUCUACCCGGCCGCCGCCGCCGCCGCCGCCGACCCGCUGGCCGUGAAGCUCCAGGGGGACCUGAACGGAGGGGGCUGCGGGGCGCUGCCGGGCGGCGGGGGCGGCCUGCCCAAGCAGAGCCCCUUCCUCUACGCCACGGCCUUCUGGCCCAAGAGCUCGGCGGCCGCAGCGGCGGCGGCGGCGGCGGCGGCGGCCGGGCCUCUCCAGCUGCAGCUGCCCUCGGCGCUCACGCUGCUGCCGCCCUCCUUCACCUCGCUCUGCCUGCCCGCGCAGAACUGGUGCGCCAAGUGCAACGCCUCCUUCCGCAUGACCUCAGACCUGGUCUACCACAUGAGGUCGCACCACAAGAAGGAGUACGCCAUGGAGCCCCUGGUGAAGCGGCGGCGGGAGGAAAAACUCAAGUGCCCCAUCUGCAACGAGUCGUUCAGGGAACGCCACCACCUCUCCAGGCACAUGACUUCGCAUAAUUGACUCGCGAAGGACCAGCCUCCCCCCCAGCCCCCGCCUCCCCGCCACCGGCCUUCCAUCCGCGUGCACGCGCUGUUCAGAGCCACCUGCGGGAGCGAACACGCGAGGACGCCCACCCCUCCCUUGCGCCCCCAAAACUCUGCAACCAAACACACGAGUACACAUUCGCGCCUCCCCCCACACACCACCCCGCUCCCAGGAACCUUCUCGUCCAAUGUUCAAUACGGGAAACACACACACACUCUCUCUCUCUCUCUGACACACACACUCUAGGUUGGUGGAUUUUUGAUUGGGUGGGUUGUUUCAGGGGGAUUUCUUUUGAAUGCACGCAUUUUCACUUUCCCCCAAACAAAGGUACAUUUAAAAAAAUGUCAUAUAUUGCAGCAUAUUGAUGCACUUGUCAUACGUUUCUACUUAAAAUAUUAAGCACUUAUGGUGUAGAUGUAAUAAUUAUAUGUAAGGGCAAAAUUUAUUUUAGAUAUAAAGUAAUGAAGAAAGGGGAAAUGGUUCCUGCAUUUCCUGAUGACAGCUGUGUUCUUAUGAAAAAUAAACAAAAUGCAUAAAAAGGGGAUAAUCAUUCAAUUUAAGUUUCCAGGGGGAAGUGCAUGUAUCAUGGAAUUAUUAAGGACUUCAAUGAAGAAUGUCAUCAAUUAUGUAAAUAUGUAUUUCCUUUUACUACAAACUGUAAUUUUGUGCCAGUGAAAUGGAGUCCGAAUAGUUAUGUGUUUUUUUUUUU